UUAGAAUGACUGGUUUCAUGAAGGGGCUCUACUCAGAUGCUGAGAUGAAAUCUGAUAAUGUUAAGGAUAAAGAUGCAAAAAUUAGCUUCCUUCAGAAAACCAUAGAUGUUGUCAUAAUGGUUUCAGGAGAACCAUUAUCUGUGAAACCAGCACGGAUUGUGGCAGGACACGAACCAGAAAGAACGAAUGAGCUCCUCCAGGCAAUUGGAAAAUGCUGUCUCAAUAAGCUCUCAAGUGAUGAUGCUGUGAAAAGAGUUCUUGCUGGAGAGAAGGGAGACACGAAGGGAAAAUCUCCGCUAACUUCAAAGUCCCAAGAACUGGAUAAUAAGGAAUUUAAGGAAGAAGAUCCCAGGACUCAUAAAGAGAAAGAAGAUAGAAGGAACUCUGAAAUCAAAGACAGAAGCACAAGCCGAGAACGCAAAGUGAAAGAAGAAUCCAAAGAUGAAGAAAGCAAAGCAAGAGAUAAGGACAGAGAGCGAGAGAAGAGCAAGGAUGGUGACCGGGAGAGGCACAAAGAUCUUGAGCGGGACAAAGGCAAAGACUUGGAGAGAGACAGAAAUAAGAACAGAGUCAAGCAGGAGCGAGAGAGAGAGAAGAGCAGAGACAAAGACAGAGGCAACAAGGACCGAGAGUUAGAGCGGGACAAGGAGAGGAAGAGUGAAGGAGGGAAGGAAAAGGAACGCUUGAAAGAGAGGGACCGAGAGAGAGAAAGAGAGAAGGAGCGAGAGAGAGCAAAGGACAAGGAUCGGGAGAAACGCAAAGACAGGACGAAAGACGGGGAGCACUCAAGGGAACAUGAGAAGGACAAGAUCAAGGAGCAGGAGAGACUAGAAAAAAAGUCCACAGGCACAGUGGAGAACUUAUCCAAAAAAUUCUCAGAGUCACCUGUGAAAGACACCAAACUUGAGAUGGACAAAGAGAGCGACAUCACCAACCGAGUGUCUAGGUCGCUGACAUCAAAAGGCUCAAGAUGGCGAUCCAAAAACUCAGCCGAAGGAAGAAAGGAAGCUAAUAAUAAUUCAGCUAGUGUUUCAGACGGAAGCCCAGCUGGUGUGUGGCAUGAAAACACUGAGCCAGAACCAGCAGCCAAGUUAAAAGGUGACUCCACUAGCGAUGCAGAAGGAGAAGUUGGAGUCGUUUCCCAGGAGAAGCCGGUGAUGCCAGAGAAUAUGGAAAUGUCCAGCGAACUCGCAGCUGGGAUCCCUCAGAGAAGAAUGCCUCGCCCUGGCAGCGCCCGGCCAGCCCCGCCUCGAAUCAAGCGACAGGACAGCGCCGAAGUCUUGGUUCCCGAGAGGACGGGGAGUGGUAAAAUGGUCUCCAAUGUGAUUAUUGAUACCCAGAAUUCCGAUGAUGAAGAAGACAGCCAGUUUGUGGUAGAGGCAGCCCCCCAGCUCUCUGAGAUGCCAGAAAUGGAAACGGCACCAGCGGUCGAAUUAGAAGAAGAUGAGAAGCAUGGUGGACUCGUAAAAAAAAUCUUAGAGACCAAGAAAGAUUAUGAGAAACUUCAACAGGUCCCAAAGCCUACUGAGAAGGAGAGGCCACUUCUGUUGGAAGCAGCCUGGAAGAAGGAGAAGGACAUCGUGUCCAAGGAGAUUGAGAAGCUGCGGACGUCUAUUCAGACGCUCUGUAGGAGCGCCCUCCCCCUGGGGAAGAUCAUGGACUACAUCCAGGAGGACAUGGACGCCAUGCAGAAUGAGCUCCAGGUGUGGCACUCAGAGAACAAGCAGCAUGCCGAGGCCCUGCAGAAAGAGCAGAGCAUCACAGACUGUGCGGUGGAGCCUCUCAAGGCAGAGCUAGUCGAAUUGGAGCAGUUGAUUAAGGACCAGCAAGACAAGAUCUGUGCGGUGAAGGCCAACAUCCUGAAAAAUGAGGAGAAGAUCCAGAAGAUGGUCUACAGCAUCAACAUUAGCUCACGGAGAUGAAGGCCUGAAAGGACCCGGAGCCCUGCCCAUUUUAACACGAAAGGGAGGGAUGCGUGGAUGAGCGAAAGCUGGUCCUUUCACCUCUCACAGUUGGCGAAGAAAACCGUGCCAUCAGCCCACCGUGUGACCGAGCUUUCGAAAUGUCAAUUGUUGGCGGGUGGGAUGA